CAAAUGUAAUAGAACCAUUCUCUUGUCAGUGCUGUAAAGAAAAGUAUAUUCAUCUGUUUUUCAUUGAUCUAAUAUUAAAUUGUAUGACGCAAUUUAAUUGGUCCUCCGGAGACUUCUCAGAGAAAAAUAUAAAUGAAGGAAACUUUGAAUCUGUUGCAAAAUUAAUCAGCAUAGCUUGGAGAAUUGCAUUAGUUUCUAACGGAUCAUGCACGGACCUGCAAAAGGACUCUUCUACGCCAUUAGCUAUCUCAUAAUCGCUGUUGUUGGAGUGCCAGCAAACUUGGUGGCAAUUUUAAUCCUAUCCAGAGGACGGUGUGGACUCCCAAGAUGCAUCACCUACUAUUUAAUGGCGAUUGCUGUGACAGAUUUCCUUGUUAUCAUCACUGGCUGCAUCCUGAACCGGAUCAGCCGCAUUUACUUUAGCAACAGUGUCCUGUCCACAACCCCUGUCUGCAGGCUGACCACAAUCUUGGUUCGCUGCAGCCGGGAUGGCUCAGUCUGGAUAACCGCAGCCUUUACCAUAGAUCGUUUUGUGUUCAUUUGCUCUCAGAGCUUGAGGAUCAGAUACUGCACAGAGAAAACUGCGCUGCUUGUCAUAGGAGCAAUCUUUCUUCUAAGUUGUGUCAAAAAUUUCCCUUUGUAUACUAUCUACAAGCCCUUCUACAUCUUGGAUGGGGUAGCCUGGUUCUGUGGCAUAAAGUCUAUCUUUUAUACUUUACCUGUCUGGCAGGCCUAUGAGUGGAUGGAGCACAUCUUAACACCCUUUCUCCCAUUUCUCAUCAUCCUGAUACUCAAUGUCCUGACUGUAAGACAAAUCGUAGAGACCAGAAAAGUCCGUAGGAAACUUAUAGGUGCUGAGAAUGACACAGACCCCGAGAUGGCAAACCGUAAGAGAUCCAUUGUUCUGCUCUUCACCAUUUCUCUCAGUUUCCUGCUGCUCUGGGCCAUUGAUGUUGGACAUUUCCUCUAUGAAAAGAUUAAAAGUGAUGCAUAUUUCAACAAAUUGAAUUUCAAUGACUUAACCUACAUCUUCCAAGAGACGACCAACAUGUUCCAGUUACUCAGCUCCUGCAACAACGUCUUCAUCUAUGCAGUAUCCCAGAACAGGUUCCGUGAGGAUCUCAAGAAUGUACUGUUCAGUCCGUUCGCCAAGCUUGCAGAUUGCUUUAAAAUGCAAAGUACCAGGAAAGCAUCUGCAAGCUGUUCAACCUCAAUUGAUGUGACUCAUCAUGGAGCACUCUCAUUCUCGAUUCAACGCGUGGUUAGUUGCAACAGCUAAGGGAUGUAAGGCACAUAAUUCAACACUCAUAUAUCUGUACUGCAGCAAUGUUAAUCUAUUGGUGAUGCUUCUUCGGAUAUGAGAUCAAAGUCUGAAUCCAAAUUCUGAGACAGAAUUUAAAUAUCCCAUUGCCACUGAAACAGGGCUAAUAUCUGCUGCUAAUUUAGUAUCAUUCAAAAAAUGACUAUUUUUUAAUUAGUUCUGUACGUUGCUGCUCUGCACACAUCUCCUGCCAUUUUUCUUGCAUCACCUCAACAAUAUAUUUAAAUGCCUGUAGAACAAUUUGUGUUGUCUUUGGUUGUUAAAAGAAAAUCUUUCCUUUCUCCAUCCUUUUCUUCCUUCCUUCUUCCCUCUCUCCCUCCCUGCUUCCUUUCCUUCUGUCUUCCAAAAAAUUAACUGGGCAGGGUGGUAACUGUGGCCAAGUAUUUAAAUUCAUGGAUCGGACAAGCAAUGGAGGUUUACCAGCACAGGUGUGAAUCGUGCUAAGUGCAUUUCAUGACCUUGCAGUUUUUAAAUGAGUUCCCAUUCAGUUAGUCAUAGUUGAAACACCAGACAAGCCAUCGAAACACACCCAUACUUUCUCAGGUUGAUUCAUUUCUUCACAUUCAGAAAAUCAUGUUCUAAAGAAGAAUCAUAAUACACUUGAACUGUUAAUGCUGUUUCUCUGUUGACAGAUGCUGUCAGACCUGCUGAGUUUUUCCAGCAUUUUCUGUACUCAUUCUAUAAACUGCAAAGUUGUUUUUCAUUCACCAUCUUCAAUCCCAUCUAUCUGGUAACAAUAUUUUCGAACAAGUUGGACUGAAGGGUGUGUUACCCUGUUGUAUAACUCUAUGUUCUAUCAACUCACCCAUCCACAACGCUCCUACCCCCAUAAUUAUAAAUAGACCCAGGAAAUCUACAGCUAACUUUCUUUGCUCUAAAAAGAACAAUUCCAAUUGGCUGCAUAAUAUUUUAUGGCAUACAUUCCACAGAUUCACCACCAUCAGGCUGAAUAAAUUUUUCUUAAUGUAAGUUGUAAAGGGUCAUCCCUUUCCUGUGACUUUUGCCCAUCAGUCAGUCAGUGGUGAAAACAUCUUCUCCACAUUCCCUCCACCCUGGAGUCUUGGUGUAUCCCCCCCCAACACCAAAACUCUAUUGAGUACUGACUCCGAGACUUCAACCCCUCCUCAUAUGAAAAUAUCUUCAUCCCUGUGAUUGAUCUUGGAAACUGCUUCUGAACCCCCUCCUAGACCAGCACAUCCUUCCUUAAGAUAUGGAGUCCAAAGCUUACAAAAUUUCAAAUGCAAUACAGCCAAGGCCUUAUACAGCUUCAGCAAUGCAUUCCUCCUCUUCUGUUCAGUUCCUCACUGAAUG